CAUUGAAAAACUAAAAGUCCAAGAUGCGUGUCGUAUUUAUAUUCCUUUUAUGUUUCGUAACUGUCUUAGGAGCGAACAAACAUACGAAAUCGUUGACGGAAUCCAUGGGACAAGAGGUCAUUGAGAUCAACUCUCCAUUGAAAGAACUACCACCAGAUUUGGACGAAGAACCUUCAGCAGAGAACGACGAUGACAACGCUACUUCUACCACCGUUCAAGUGGCAACUACGAAAGAAGUGACCAAGAAAGUGUUAGAAAAUUUUCGACCAGACACUCUGAAGGAUAUAGAAAAAAUUGAUCGUCAAAAGGAUGAUGAAGAAGCCAGGAUUGAAAAGGAGCUCGCUGACAUAUAUAAGGAUUCUUUGGAUUAUAAAGCUGACAGUGCUGAAGCAACGAAGGAAGCAGUUAAAUCGAAGCCAACAGAACCAUCAGAGAAACCAAUAGCCCGAGCACGGAGCAACUUCAAGUUCCAACCUGACUCGAAUAAUCCGCGAGAGGUCGCCAUGUUUAGAACUUCAGUCGACGAUAUCAGCUGCAAAAAUGACAAGCUUUUAGAAAGCGUGACCACGCUACCAACCUCUGGAUGCAGAACCACUGUUUCCAACAUUGGAUUGUAUGCAAUUAUGCCUCUUAUAUAUAUGUACAUGUAAUAUCAAUUUCCAAUAUUAAUAAUUAAAUAAACAUUUAAAUUUGAA